AUGGGCGAGAUCUGGUCGAUGAUCGAUCUGCGCACGUUGCGCUCGCCGGGGCUUGAGGUGGAGACGCUGCGGACUUGUAUUCUUACAGACAAUUUCCCCACCGAUCUCUUCCAAGUGACGAGCCAGGCGCCGAACCGGCAGCAGUUUUUCACGACGACUUUGACGAGAAUGCGGGCUACGGUGAAGCGCUGCUUCAGCAAGUUCCCGUGCGGCCGGAAU